ACGUUUUUUUAAGUUCAGUACUGCGUGUAAGGUGAAAGUUGUUCUGGAAAAGUUUAGCCUUUUAUUUCGCACUUUAUUCCAAGUUUCCGCUUCCUAAGAGCAAAAAGACAUUUGGUAUAAAUAAGUAGUAGCCGUAUUUUAUCCUAGGUGUAGUUUUUUUUCGUGUUUAGGCUGUUUUUUUUCCUUCUAAAGUUAGUUUAUCGCAACCACAUGGUGAAUACAAGAUGUCAUCGACAACAAUGCAACUUAGAUUCUCUUGACUCAAAACUAGCUUUUCUAACGGAAAACUAGGCUUUCUUUACGUUUCUUUGAUCUAUUUUCUCAUGUCUUGUAUACAUUAUAAGUUUCGGAGUAGUUUGGAGUAUGAUACGAUCACGUUUGAUGGCUUGGCAAUCUCUCUUGCCGACCUCAAAAAAUCCAUUAUGGCGCAGAAAAAAUUCGCUAAGGUCACAGACUUCGACUUGGAAGUGACGAACGCACAGACUAAAGAAGAGUAUAAAGAUGAAAAUAUGCAGAUUCCUAAAAACUCUUCUGUAAUAGUUCGACGUAUUCCUACAGGAACUCGAAGCAAAGCACAGUUAGCAGCGGAUAGGGCAGACCCUUAUGCAAGUGGAUUACCCAAAACAGUACGUACUAGUCAGAAUAGAUUGUUUUAUACUUCUACUACUACUACUACUUCUAAUCAAGUCAAGAAAAGUGAUCUUCAAGAACUACAAACUUCUGUUUCCAUUAAACAGAACAAGGUGGUUGACUUGGUGAGCUCAGAUGCUUCUGAAGAUGACAAGUUGAAAGCAAUGAUGUCACAGGCUGGAGAAGACUGGCAACCAAACCAGUAUGUUAGAGGGCGUGGUAGGGGAUAUAAUCCAUCAGGACCUCUGCCUCCUAAUUAUGUUUGCUAUAGAUGUGGGAAACCUGGCCACUUUAUUAGAAACUGCCCUACUAAUGGGGUGAAGCGAACUAUUGGAAUCCCAAGAACUUUUGGUGAUGAUCAAGAUAGUGGUACAACAGAGGAUUCAAACAAAGAGUCCAAAAAGGAAUCUUCAGAACCAACCAAAACCUUGGUCCCUAUACCAGAGCUAGAUACUUCUAAAAAGGAUCGUAAAGUGCCGUCGGAGCUGAAAUGCCCUAUGUGUAAAAACUUGCUGAGUGAUGCUGUUCUUAUUCCCUGUUGUGGCACCAGCUAUUGUGAUGAAUGUAUUCGUACCUAUCUACUUGAAAAUGAGCAAGUGUGUCCAACGUGUGGUGCUGAGGAUGUUUCUCCUGAUUCCUUGAUUAUCAAUAAGCAGCUCAGACAGGCUGUGAAUAACUUCCGUAAUGCCAGACCAGCCAGCCCAUUUGUUAACAGUACAACAGACAGUCCAACACCAAGCUUCGGUGCCGUCGACAAAGCAGCACCCAGUAGCACUGUUGAUAAACCAAUCACAAGUAGCACAAUUGAUAAAACAGCACCCAAUACUGCUGUCCCAGAAACUAAACCCCAGUCAGUUAAACCUGAAGUGAAUUCUCCAGAAACAAGUGAUAAAGACAAAUCUGAAGAAAAGGUUUCAAGCACAACUUCAGAAAUUCCCCCAAAAGAUAUAUCUGAAGUAAAGGAGGAGGAAGUAAAGAAGAAAGAAGGAUCUCCUCUGCCUGUAUUGAAAACAGAAGUCAGUUCUCCGAGAAGAGAACCAGAGGAUCAUCGAGAUCAUCGACUUCCUGCAAGAGAACAUCUUAGAGCAGAACCAGGACCUGUUGGACCACAUGCUGGUCAACAUCCUGGUCAACAUCCUGGUCAACAUCCUGGCCAACAUCCUGGUUAUGGUCUUCAGGAUCAUCCAAUUCACAGGGGACCACCUACCCAUGGACCUGGUGUUGGUCAUCCAAUGGUAAAACCAAUGAUUCGUCGUAAUAUUCCACCAGACGGUGCCCUCCUUGUACCCACCAUAAGGGUUCCUCGUCCACUUCUUGUUCAACCACACCCAGGCCCACUCAUGGCACAACCAAGGUUUAUAGGCUCUGCAGCUCUGGGUUUACACCCUGUUGCAGCACAUCCUGGCAUUGUGCAGCCUCUACUGGGAGCACCCAUUCCUUUUGGUGUCAAUCCUCCUGGGUUCCGCCCAUUUGAAAACCCUAGACAUGUUGAAGGUCUUCCACCAAUGUCUGAGGAAGAGUUUUAUCGUUAUCAAAAAAAGAUGAAACUGAGGACUAAAAGAAAACACAGAGAAAAAGAACCAGGUGACAGACAUUCUAGGCGGGAAAAGUCAUCCAACCGUAACCAACCAGGCAACUUUGAUGACGAGCUUUCACAGUAUAAAGCUUUACAAAGACACCGUACAAGACGAAGAUCACGUUCAAGAUCAUAUUCCCGCUCUCCUUCCAGAACUCACUCAAAUUCCCGUUCAUUUUCCCGUUCCUUGUCACAAUCAUCACGGAGUUUGUCGAAAUCUCCCACCCCAGAAGACUGGGAUAGGUCUCGUACUCCUUCUCCCGUCCCCUCUCCCGUAAAAUCAGGAUCAAAGUCUCCGGUCCAAAAUGAAGAAAAGAAAACCAAACAGAAAAAGAGAAAAAAGCAUCAUAAACACAAGCACUCCAAGAAACAGAAACCUUUAGAAACUGAGAAUGGUGAAAAUGAAGUUAAAGAAAAGGGAGAAAAGGAGAAAACUGAGAAGAGGAAAUCAAAGUCAAAGAAAAAAUCCAAAGACAAAGAAAAGAGCUCUAAAAGUAAGAGGAAAUCUAAGGAAAAUACAGAGAAAUCAGAAAAAGUAAAUUCUGAGGAAUCUGUGACGGAACUACAUGAAAGCGAACAUUCUGGAAGAAAGAAAUCUAAGGACACAACAGAGAACUCAGGAAAAGCAAAUUCUGAGGAGUCGGCAACAGAGGUGAAUGAAAGUGAACAAUCUGAAAAAAAGAAAUCUAAUAAGGAAACAGAAAAAUCAGAAAAAGCAAAUUCUGAAGAGCUGGCAACAGAAGUGAUUGUGAGUAAACAUUCUGAAAGAGAAAUUUCAGUAGGAAAAGAAAAAUCAGAUGAACCAUUAGUGAAAAGUGAAGAGAAAUCAGAAAAACAAAACGUUGAAGAAAAAGAAAGAAAAGUAAAUGAAAAUGAAGCAAAUGGGAAAGAAAUAGAAUCAAAUGAAAAUCAGAAACUAAGUAGAAAAAGAAAAUCAGAGGAAAAGGAUGUUGAAGAUGAAACUCUGCACAAUAAGGAUGCCCUUAUAAAGGCUGGCUAUGAAUGGUUUGUCAUCAUUUCCAAGAGAGUCUGA